CUACGUUAGCUGCAUUUUGCUUUUAUAAAUAUUCCUUUUGUAGCCAGACAACCGAAAUUGUGUGCUUGGAGUUUUAGGUUAACAUUCAUUUUCAAGAUACUAGGGCUUCCAGGCUGACCAUUUGCCCUCUCAUUGUGUGCCCAUGUAAUGAAUUUGGGAAUCUUUUUCACUCUUAUCAUGAAUAUAUGAAUGAGUAUAGACGUGCAAGUCAUGUGUGACUGUGUAUAUAUGCAUUCUUUUGUGCCUCGAUAUUGACGUAGAUGGUCUGCAUAUAAUUUUUUUCUGUCUGCAGCUGACGGUUCCUCUGACACUUCCUCUGCAGAAUUGGUUUGAUGGAGCAAAGGCACUCAGCGCAACUCGGUACAAAAAGGCAACAAUGCAACCAGUGUGCAUACAGCACGGAUCAUGUUGGACAUCUGAUACAGCACCAGAGAACUCACACAGGAGAGAAACCCUUCAAGUGCAGUGUGUGUGGGAAGGCAUUUUCAAAUUCAUCUGCUCUUAAAACACACCGGAGAACACACACAGGAAAAAAACCCUUCAAGUGCAGUUUGUGCGCGAAGGUGUUUUCACGGUCAUCUUCUCUUGUAUUUCAUCAGAGAACACACACGGGAGAGAAACCCUUCAGUUGCACUCUGUGUGGGAAGGCGUUUGCAAAUUCACAACAUCUUAAAUUACACCAGAGAACACACACGGGAGAGAAACCCUUCAAGUGCACUGUGUGUGACAAGGAAUUUGCACGGUCCUCAUGUCUUCAUAGACACCAGAGAACACACACAAGAGAGAAACCCUUCAGUUGCCCUCUGUGUGUGAAGGCGUUUGCAAAUUCACAACAUCUUAAAUUACACCAGAGAACACACACGGGAGAUAAACCCUUCAAGUGCACUGUGUGUGACAUGGCAUUUGCACAAUCACCACAUCUUCAAUCACACCAGAGAACACACACGGGAGAGAAACCCUUCAGUUGCACUCUGUGUGGGAAGGCGUUUGCACAGUCAUCAAUUCUUAAACAGCACCAGAGAACUCACGCAGGAGAGAAACCCUUCAAGUGCAGUCUGUGCGGGAAGGCGUUUUCACAGUCAUCUGGUCUUGUAUCACACCAGAGAACACACACGGGAGAUAAACCCUUCAAGUGCAGUGUGUGUGGGAAGGCAUUUUCACAUAAAUCUACUCUUAAAAAACACUGGAUAAUACACACAGGAGAAAAACCCUUCAGUUGCACUCUGUGUGAGAAGGCGUUUGCACAUUCACAACAUCUUAAAAUACACCAGAGAACUCACACGGGAGAGAAACCCUUCAGUUGCACUUUGUGUGGGAGGGCGUUUGCACAAUCAUCACAUCUUCAAGCACACCAGAGAACACACACGGGAGAGAAACCCUUCAGUUGCACUCUGUGUGGGAAGGCGUUUGCACAAUCACCAUAUCUUAAAUUACACCAGAGAACACACACGGGAGAGAAACCCUUCAAGUGCACUGUGUGUGGUAAGGCGUUUGCACAUUCACAACAUCUUCAAUUACACCAGAGAACACACACGGGAGAGAAACCCUUCAGUUGCACUCUGUGUGGGAAGGCGAUUGCACAAUCAUCACAUCUUCAAGCACACCAGAGAACACACACGGGAGAGAAACCCUUCAGUUGCACUCUGUGUGGGAAGGCGUUUGCACAAUCACCAUAUCUUAAAUUACACCAGAGAACACCCACGGGAGAGAAACCCUUCAAGUGCACUGUGUGUGGGAAGGCGUUUGCACAUUCACAACAUCUUCAAUUACACCAGAGAACACACACGGGAGAGAAACCCUUCAAGUGCACUGUGUGUGACAAGGCAUUUUCAUAUCCAUCAGUUCUAAGGAACCACCAGAGAACACACACAGGAGAAAAACCCUUCAAGUGCAGUGUGUGUGGGAAGGCAUUUUCACAUUCAUCUGCUCUUAAAAAACACCGGAGAACACACACAGGAGAUAAACCCUUCAAGUGCAGUCUGUGCGGUGUUGCGUUUUCACAGUCAUCUGCUCUUGUAUCACACCACAGAACACACACAGGAGAAAAACCCUUCAGUUGCACUGUGUGUGGGAAGGCGUUUGCACAUUCACAACAUCUUAAAAUACACCAGAGAACUCACACGGGAGAGAAACCCUUCAAGUGCACUGUGUGUGACAAGGCAUUUUCACAUUCAUCAGAUCUUAGGAACCACCAGAGAACACACACUGGAGAUAAACCCUUCAAGUGCAGUGUGUGUGGGAAGGCAUUUUCAGAUUCAUCUACUCUUAAACAACACCGGAGAACACACACAGGAGAAAAACCCUUCAAGUGCAGUCUGUGCGGGAAGGCGUUUUUACAGUCAUCUGGUCUUGUAUCACACCAGAGAACACACACGGGAGAAAAACCCUUCAAGUGCACUGUGUGUGACAAGGCAUUUGCAUGGUCAUUAGGUCUUCAUAGACACCAGAGAACACACACAGGAGAGAAACUCUUCAGGUGCAGUCUGUGCGGGAAGGCGUUUUCACAGUCAUCUGGUCUUGUAUCACACCGGAGAACACACACGGGAGAGAAACCCUUCAGUUGCACUCUGUGUGGGAAGGCGUUUGCACAGUCAUCAAAUCUUAAACUACACCAGAGAACACACACGGGAGAGAAACCUUUCAAGUGCACUGUCUGUGAGAAGGCAUUUGCAUGGUUAUCAUGUCUUAAUUGCCACAAGAGAACACACACAGGAGAGAAACUCUUCAUGUGCACUCUGUGCGGGAAGGCGUUUUCUGAGUCAUCACAUCUUAAACUACACCAGAGAACACACACGGGAGAGAAACCCUUCAGGUGCACUGUGUGCGGGAAGGCGUUUGCAGGUUUAUCAAAUCUUAAAACACACCAGAGGAGUCACACAGGAGAGAAACCCUUCAAGUGCACUGUGUGUGACAAGGCAUUUUCAUAUCCAUCAGUUCUAAGGAACCACCAGAGAACACACACAGAAGAAAAACCCUUCAAGUGCAGUGUGUGUGGGAAGGCAUUUUCACAUUCAUCUGCUCUUAAAAAACACCGGAGAACACACACAGGAGAAAAACCCUUCAAGUGCAGUCUGUGCGCGAAGGCGUUUUCACAGUCAUCUGCUCUUGUAUUACAUCAGAGAACACACACGGGAGAGAAACCCUUCAGUUGCACUCUGUGUGGGAAGGCAUUUGCACGUUCACAACAUCUUAAAAUACACCAGAGAACACACACAGGAGAGAAACCCUUCAAGUGCACUGUGUGUGACAAGGCAUUUUCACAUUCAUCAGUUCUUAGGAACCACCAGAGAACACACACGGGAGAGAAACUCUUCAGGUGCAGUCUGUGCGGGAAGGCGUUUUCACAGUCAUCUGGUCUUGUAUCGCACCAGAGAACACACACGGGAGAUAAACCCUUCAAGUGCAGUGUGUGUGGGAAGGCAUUUUCAGAUAAAUCUCCUCUUAAAAAACACCGGAUAACACACACAGGAGAAAAACCCUUCAAGUGCAGUCUGUGCGGGAAGGCGUUUUCACAGUCAUCUGCUCUUGUAUUACAUCAGAGAACUCACACGAGAGAGAAACCCUUUAGUUGCACUUUGUGUGGGAAGGCGUUUGCACAUUCACAACAUCUUAAAAUACACCAGAGAACACACACGGGAGAGAAACCCUUCAGUUGCACUCUGUGUGGGAAGGCGUUUGCACAAUCACCAUAUCUUAAAUUACACCAGAGAACACACACUGGAGAGAAACCCUUCAAGUGCACUGUGUGUGGGAAGGCGUUUGCACAUUCACAACAUCUUCAAUUACACCAGAGAACACACACGGGAGAGAAACCCUUCAAGUGCACUGUGUGUGACAAGGCAUUUGCACAGUCAUCAGGUCUUCAUAGACACCAGAGAACACACACAGGAGAGAAACCCUUCAGUUGCACUCUGUGUGGGAAGGCGUUUGCACAGUCAUCAAUUCUUAAACGACACCAGAGGACACACACAGGAGAGAAACCCUUCAAGUGCAGUCUGUGCGGGAAGGCGUUUUCACAGUCAUCUGGUCUUGUAUCACACCAGAGAACACACACGGGAGAUAAACCCUUCAAGUGCAGUGUGUGUGGGAAUGCAUUUUCACGUAAAUCUACUCUUAAAAAACACUGGAUAAUACACACAGGAGAAAAACCCUUCAGUUGCACUCUGUGUGAGAAGGCGUUUGCACAUUCACAACAUCUUAAAAUACACCAGAGAACUCACACGGGAGAGAAACCCUUCAGUUGCACUUUGUGUGGGAAGGCGUUUGCACAAUCAUCACAUCUUCAAGCACACCGGAGAACACACACGGGAGAGAAACCCUUCAGUUGCACUCUGUGUGGGAAGGCGUUUGCACAAUCACCAUAUCUUAAAUUACACCAGAGAACACACACGGGAGAGAAACCCUUCAGGUGCACUGUGUGUGGGAAGGCGUUUGCAGGUUUAUCAAAUCUUAAAACACACCAGAGGACAUACAAUCAUCAGAACAUCCCCAAGGAGUGGAGUCUGAAAUCGGCUUGUGAAAGUCAAAGUGCUGCAGUGAGCCCAUCCCUCAUGAAACCAGAAGUGAAUCCCAGCUUGGACACUUUUAAAGGUAUCAAGGUGAAAUGUGAAGAGGCGAAGGUGAAAUGUGAAGAAAUGAUGAAGAGCGAAGAAGUAAAGGUGAAAAGCGAAAAAGUGACGGUAAACUGUGAAGAUGAAGAUUCAACUCCAAAAUCGUACCUUCACAUCGAUGGAGGCAACGUGAAGCAGGAGGAGAAUUCUGACUUCGAGGCAGAGCUAGGCAACUCCCAGCAGUUUGUGGAAGUGGAGGUGUGGGUGGACUUCUUAGACAAUACAAAGUCAAAUGGAGACCCGGUAGAUGGGUAGGCUUGAGACAAUGAAGCUCCAAUAGAUGCACCUUUGUCACAGGCCUUUAAUGAAAAGAACGUGAAUUUGAACACUGAAUUCCUGGGUUCAACCUGCAGAGUAAGAGCGGCGAGUAUUUGUUGACCUGUGGUUGGGUAGAUGAAUAAUCAGGAGCAAGACCCAAUAAGCUUCCAAGUAUUCCACUGUUAUAUUUAUAUUUGCAUUGAUAUGGUGUUUAAUUGCCUCAGCAACUCAGUUUCAUAUCUCAUCACAAACACUCGAAGAGCACCUUCAAGUGGCAGCUGCCUUUGUGUCAUAAGGUGACAGUGCUGUCAACUGCAUGUGGCCAUGAGUCUGUCAG